GGUCGCUUGGUAGGAAGCACGGGCUGGAGCAGGGGAGCAGAAAGCGGCGUUUUCGGUACAGUUUUCCAUGGCGACUGCAGCUUGCAAAGGCCGCGUGCGGCAGGCUGCCGUCAUAGUCGCAAGAGCUUGUCACACGGCAGCGCUCAAGACCCAGUACGACGCUGUGGUUAUCGGAGGAGGUCACAAUGGACUGGUUGCAGCAGCCUACCUUCAGAAGGGAGGCGUGAACACUGCCGUGCUGGAGCGCAGGCAUGUGCUGGGGGGAGCAGCCGUGUCGGAGGAGAUAAUCCCAGGGUUCCACUUCUCCAGGGCUUCGUACCUGCUCAGCCUGCUCAGGCCACACAUCUACAGGGACCUGGAGCUGAAGAAGCAUGGUCUGAAGGUUUACAUGCGAAACCCCUACUCCUUUACCCCCAUGCUGGAGGAGGGGGUAGGGGGACACCCCCCGAGGUCGCUGCUGCUUGGGUCAGACCUGGAGAAGAACAUGCUAGAGAUCGGCAAGUUUUCGGAGAACGACGCCAAGGCCUACCCGGCCUUUCAGACCCACCUGGAGAAGCUGGCCUCUGCCAUCCACCCUCUUCUUGACGCCCCGCCUGUGGACAUCCCAGGGGUCACACAGGGCCCUCUCAGAAGGCGAAUGGCAGCACUGAAGAGCAUUAGACCUCUGAUAAAGUGCGGACUUAAACUCGGAAAGAACAUUCCGGACUUCUAUGAGCUCAUAACGGCACCAAUAUUGAAGAUUCUGAACCGCUGGUUUGAGUCGGAGCCCCUGAGGGCCACGUUGGCCACCGAUGCCGUGAUCGGAGCAAUGACGAGCCCCAGCAACCCUGGCAGUGGGUAUGUUCUUUUGCACCACGUCAUGGGGGAAGUGGAGAAGGAGAAGGGGGCGUGGGGUUACGUGGAGGGGGGAAUGGGAGGCGUGUCACAGUCAAUCGCCAAUUCAGCUCGAGCCCAUGGAGCUGCCAUCUUCACUGAGCAUGAAGUGGAGCAAGUUUUGAUUGGUCCAGAUGGGUCCGCCAAAGGGGUUGUGCUGAAAGACGGGUCUGAGGUCCACAGUAAAGUGGUCCUGUCAAACGCAACCGCAUACACCACCUUCAAACGACUCUCACCAGAGGGUUCUCUGCCUCCAGAGUUUGCUAAAGCAGUGUCUCAGAUUGACUAUACCUCUCCUGUCACGAAGAUUAAUGUUGCUGUGAACAGGCUUCCCAACUUCCUGGCUGCUCCCAACACUGCGGACGGAAAGCCAGGUCCACACCACCAGUGCUCCAUCCACCUGAACUGCGAGAGUGUGGAGGUGCUCGAAGCAGCCUAUCGGGACGCCAAACUGGGCCACCCGUCCACAAGGCCCAUGCUGGAGAUGUGCAUUCCCUCAGUGUUGGAUCCCACUCUGGCGCCCCCUGGCUGCCACGUCAUCUCUGUCUUCACACAGUUCACCCCAUACUGGCUGGAGGGGGGGCGUCCCUGGACAGAGGAGGACAGAGAGAAAUUCACCAAUUCAGUGUUUGACUGGAUUGAAAGCUAUGCGCCUGGAUUCAAAAGCUCCAUAGUGGGCAAAGAGGUUCUGGCUCCUCCUGACUUGGAAAGGAUAUUUGGACUCACGGGAGGGAAUAUUUUUCAUGGCGCCAUGUCAUUGGACCAGCUCUAUCUAGCACGCCCUCUGCCCGCCUUCUCAGACUACCGCUCACCAAUCAAAGGCCUUUAUUUGUGUGGCAGCGGAUGUCAUCCAGGUGGGGGAGUGAUGGGUUCCUCGGGAUGGAAUGCAGCCAUGACGGUCCUCGCUGACCUCCGAAGGAGAUGAGACAAAUUAAGACACACGGAGGGUGUGUGGGGGGGGAAGGGCCCACAAGGAAUUAUUUUUCAGUCUCCGCUCCCACCUAGAAUCUCCCUCCAACUCCUCAUGGCCACUGCCCACCACGGUGGCCACAUGACCAUGUGACUGUCCUAGUGUUCUGCCUUCUGGGUCCUUCACAGAGGACCUGCACAGAGAAACAUUCACAUCCACCUACUCCCACAAACACACAUACAGUCAGCAACCAUUGCCAGCAGCACCACUUUAUGGUACAGAAUCUGAACACAGUAACAGCGCCCUUUUGAGUAGUAAGACUGUCUUAUAUCAAAUAUUGCGUGCAGUGUUGAUAAAAAUGUGUGGGCCCUUUUGGGAAAGCAUAAACCAACCAGUCACAGAGGGGUUAGGAGCUGAUAUGACAGGGUCUGAGAAAAGGCCUUGAGGUAUGAUAUAGUGUAGCCAUGCUCCUUCACUGUAUUUACAAAGCCGGAAUUUUCCAGAGACAGAAACAUAAGCAGUCAGACCGAGCUACAAGGCCCUUUGUGUGAAGGGCUUUUAGGCCAAGCAAGAAAGUUUGUUUUGAAAGAACUAAAGAUACAAGAAGCUCACAAAACAGGAGCAGAUGUGAGGCAUGUUUCUCAUUUGGAACAACUAAAAUAAGAGACACGGGUAUAGUGAAAGAACUUUCAAAAAGACUGUGCCAGAUACACUCCCCCUCCCUUGACAGGCUACUUCCCAUGCAACAAACAAGGACCUUUCCCCGAAAGCUGUGUUCCUCCGGUUUCCUCAGCUUCGGCUGUGGCAACAGGGCAUGUGUGAUAUGCCAAUGUCAAUCAGAACCUGUCAAGUGCUGACAUUCAUCAUCAUGUCUGAAACCAGUGCAGAACAUCAGUAACUAACUAAGAUGUUGCCUGAAUGUAAACCACCAUAUCUGAGCUGUUCCAGCGACCAGAGUCUGUGUGAAGUUCACUGGCUGAUUUUUCAUAUUGUUGAAUGUUACAUCCAAACACAAAUGAGACAUCUUUUCCUUCUACAUGAUAUUAGGGAAAUUCUGAUAACACACUGGGAUUGUUCUGAUUGUCAGUACUGUGAAGUUUUGUUGAUUUUUGUAGUAUGUAAUUUUACGAUCAGGUAUUUGGCAAAGCACCAAGCUUCAGUUGUUUUAAUGUUGAUUGAUUGUUGCCUGUGGUCACCCCUUUGUUAUCAACACUUGAUUUUAUUCUGCAGAAUUUCAUUCAUAAUUGCUUUGAGUGAAUGCGUCCACCAAAUGAAUAAAUGUAACUGAUGUA